AUGCAAGACGUGCCCGUCGCCACGAUUCAAACUCUGCGACUCCUUCGGUCAGUCGAUGCCCGGGUCUGGCGAUUGGGUGAGGAGCUCUGUGACGUCCGUGUUUUGGUCCAGGGCCACACGCCCCGACGAAGGCGUGGAAAUAGGAGAAAUCGAAGCUUCGGGAGGCUUCUGGUCGUAGCUAGACCGACCGCUAGACUGCUAGAUGCCCUUACUUCCAGAAUGUUUUGUGCUGAUGUUCGUAGAAUCCCAAACGCCCAAUGCCCUUGA